AAUUAUGUCCUGAGAACAUGGUCUAUUUCAACCAGAAAUGCUAUCAGUUUUCGUUAAAAAGAUUAGGGAUGUCAUCGGCAAAAUCGUUUUGUGCAGACAGAAAUGGAGUAAUGGUAAUUGUAGAAUCCAUAGAAGAGAAUGAAUUCCUAAGAAUGCAGGUCUCAAUGAAACGAAAGCGCAAUGACACCGUAUGGAUAGGAUAUUCUAAAGUCGAGAACAGUGGUACAUGGACAUGGAAUGGUAGCUCAAACGUAUCAGAUUUUACAAGAUAUGAAAAAUACCGAAUCUGUAAUUACCUGGUUGGGGACGAAGAGAGAAGAUUUGAGAAUGUGAUUAGGGAUUUGAGGUUUGGUGGUUGUCUCCUAGCCAACACUGGGGGUUCUUUGAAGGCUUCAAUGCCAG